AUGUGGGAGUUCCGGUCGAUGUUAUUUUGGCGGGCGGUGUUUGCCGAGUUUUUUGGCACUAUGUUUUUUGUGUUUUUCGGAAUGGGUGCGGCUCUGAGAUGGACCUCGGGCCCGUACCACGUGUUCCACACUGCCCUCUGCUUCGGUUUCGCUGCCGCAACUCUCAUCCAAUCCAUCGGCCACAUCAGCGGAGGACACAUCAAUCCGGCAGUGACUUUUGCCUACCUGGUGGGCUCCCAGAUGUCCCUGUUCCGAGCUAUCUUCUAUAUCUGUGCCCAGUGCCUGGGGGCCAUGGCUGGAGCUGCUUGCCUGUAUGGGGUCACACCCAACAACAUGAGGGGAAACCUGGCACUCAAUACACUGCAGCCUGGUAUGAGUCUAGGCAUGGCGACCACAGUGGAGGUGUUUCUCACACUGCAGCUGGUGGUGUGUGUGUUUGCUGUUACUGAUGAGAGGAGAAAUGGACGUAUGGGCUCAGCCGCCCUCUCCAUUGGCUUCUCUGUUGCCAUCGGACACCUGAUGGGGAUGUACUACACUGGGGCAGGGAUGAAUCCUGCCAGGUCUUUUGCCCCUGCUGUCCUAAUGAGGAACUUCAUCAAUCACUGGGUGUACUGGGUCGGCCCCCUUAUUGGUGGUGCAAUGGGAGCUAUCCUGUAUGACUUCAUGCUGUUCCCACGUAUGCGCGGUCUGUCUGAAAGACUAGCCACUCUAAAGGGCAGCCGACCCCCUGAGACAGAGAACCAACAGGAGACCCGUGGGGAACCCAUUGAGCUGAAGACUCAAGCCCUUUAA